AUGCGCUCAUUCUUCAGACAGACCGCCGAGCAGAACGCUAACGCCACUGCUUGCCGGGUGCAGCCUCUGUACCGAGUGACCCCGGCCGACUACGACAGCAGCAUGCCGCCCUUCAUCAAGGGACAGCCGCUGAAGGUCUACAUCAGCCUUUGGAUCGCCUCCAUCACCGAAAUCAACGAAAUGCGGCAGGACUUCACCGUUGACCUAUACUUCCGCAUGUGGUGGAGCGACUUCAGGAUCUUGUUCCCGGUCUGCGAAGACAAGGGGUUCAUCAUCAUCGACCACGCGGAGCUUAAGUUCAGCUACUACUUCGUGCAGAUGUACCUGCCGUCGAUUCUCAUCGUGCUCGUCUCGUUCCUGAGCUUCUGGAUUCCGGUGGAGAACGUGCCGGGUCGCGUGGCGCUGGGCGUGACCUCGCUCCUCACGCUGGCCACCCAGUUCACCACCAUGCAGCGCUCUCUGCCGCCCGUCUCCUACAUGAAGGCCAUGGACGUCUGGAUGUUCUUCUGCAUCGUCGUCGUCUUCCUGUCCAUGGUAGAGUUUACGCUAGCCUACAACUUCAAGAUCGCUGUGGUAGAGCCGGACGACAAACCCGAGUCGCCUCCUUCCCCCCCUGCGAAGCAGGCGCAGGCGCGGAGCCCUUUGCCGCCCGUAGUGGACCUGGAGCCUGUCAACCUGUACUCGAGGCGGCAGCCCAGAGUGAUUGUCUUGGAGCAAGCCGGCGGCAAGCCGUCCUACCUCCGCAACUUGCUGGUGAGGCUGGUGAAGCUGGCCAAGCGGCGCAAGGGAAGCGUGAUCGACAACGCGUCCAAAAUUAUGUUCCCAGCCAUCUUUCUGUUGUUUAAUCUGACAUACUGGAUGUACUAUCUGAAGCGGAAACAUCAGCAUGUUAUUUAACCUCAUGCUAUGAGAUGCUGAUAUCUGAGCGAAGCGGCGUGCUGUGCGUGGUGUCCUUCAGCAAACCAAAUGAUAUUGUUUUGCCCCGCUGAA